AUGAGUCUUUUGAGUGAAAGAAAUAUAAAGAAGCACUUUAUAUCUUUAGACUUGUUCAAUCAUCGUCUGUUUCUUCAUAGUAAUUGGUUCGCCACAAAUCAUCAUCAACGGGAUAUCUCUUCCCAUGAUGCAUCGCCGAGAGUGAAGGGAAGAUGCGCCGGCUCCUCUCCACCUCCCACACCCAGAGAGCCCGGUCAUUCUAAUACGUACCGGUUAAUACGUGGAUAUGCAGCGCUAAGGAUAAACUGUAACAAAGGGUCCGGACGGUAUAUAAACUCGUCCGUGGAUCAUCUUCUCAGUUCGCUUCGCGUCUUCGCUCAUAACAGCAAUAUGAAUUACCACCAGUUAACGAAAGUGCUAUUGGUGCUAUCGUGUCUCGCUAGUGAUGCACUCGCUGGAUUGCUGCCGGGUGGCGGCGCCGGUGGAAGUGGUUACCAGUACAACAGACCAGGCGGAACAGGUGGUUUCGGCGGCGGUCCAGGCGGAUUCCAGGGAGAUUUAAAUGCCCCCAGAGGAAGCGAUUUCGGUAGGAGACCAUCUGGACUGUACGGUGCGCCGACGGCUGGCGGCGACGCCGGAUUCGGUCGUCCUUCCACUUCUUACGGAGCCCCUGGACAAUUCGGCGGUGGUGGUCCCGGUGGCUACCAAGAUGGCGGAUUCCAGGGCGGCUAUGGCGGUCGCGAUAACGGAAGACCUCAACCGUACAGCUUCCAGUACGAAGUAUACGACCCUCCCAGCGGCAACGAUUACUCCCAACGCGAGAGUAGCGACGGUAACGUUGUUCAAGGGGAAUACAGAGUACUGUUGCCAGACUCGAGGACGCAAAUCGUGAAGUACACGGCUGACGAUGCGAAUGGGUAUGUCGCUGAUGUCCAGUACGAAGGACAGGCUCAAUUCUCCAGAGGAGGCAUUGGCAGCGGGGCUUAUGGGGCACCAGGAGCUGGUGGGUAUCAAGGAGGCCAAGGUGGAUACCAAGGAG